GAACAAACUGAACCAUUGGUUCCUUCUGAUCAAAUGCAACAACAAAAAUCAUCAACUUUGUUUAGUCAACAACGAGAGAAAGAGGAAGAGGAAGAAGAAGAGGAAGAAGAAGAGGAAGAGGAAGAAGAAGAAGAAGAAGAAGAAGAAGAGGAAGAAGAAGAAGAAAUUCUACCAACACAAUCACAAACACUCUCACAACUACCAACACAAUCCCAACCACAACCACAACUAGAAACAGAAUUUCAACCACAAUCACAAUCAAACAUUGAACAAAUUAAAAAUGAAGACAUCCCAUGUAAGCAAAUAUCCCAAGAAGAACCACCACAACAAUAUAAAACUGAUAUCAACUAUGGUGAAGAGACUUACAAAGGUAACAAUCGUUUAAUUGGUCGUAGAGUAUUGGUUUCUGGUGAAGAAUUUGGUCGUGGUGUUGUAAUUUCGUUUAUUCGUGAAGGUGCUGAUGUUUGCUUUAACUACCUACCAAAUAGACAAAAGGAAGCUGAUUCAUUAAAAGAAAUAUUACAUAAAGAACUUAAAGAGAAUAAUCGUAAAUUAGAAUUUAUUCCAGGUGAUCUUAAGAAUGAGGGUUUUUGUAAAGAAAUGGUCACUGAAGCUGAAAAAAAAAUGGGUGGUUUAGAUUGCCUAGUAUUAACUGCUGGUAAACAAAGCGAUAUUUCAAAUAUAUCUGACCUUAACCUUGAAAAUUUCAGAGAUACCUUUGAAAUUAAUCUCUUUUCAAUGUUUAAUAUUGUAAAGUAUGCUAUCCCGGUCCUCUCAAAAGGCUCAUCCAUCAUCCUUAACUCCUCAAUGGAAAUAUUUAAACCAUCUUCAAAUCUUAUUGAUUACUCAUGCUCUAAAGCAGCUGUUGCUUCGUUUACAAAGUCAUUGGCCUUGCAACUCGCCCCCAAAGGUAUCAGAGUAAACUCAAUUGCACCUGGUAAUAUUGUAACUUCAAGACAUCCAUCCAUUAACAAAAAAAAUGAAAUGAAGCAUGUUGGUCAACCUGUUGAACUCUCUUCGCUAUAUGUCUUUUUAUCAUCAAAUGAAUCGUCAUAUUGCACCGGCAACAUCUAUCCAAUUGCAGGUGGUAAAAUAUUUUAAUCAACAUCCUCAAAUACACAAUUUUAAUAAUAACUAGUUUCAAAUAAAAAAAAAAAUAAAAUGAAUUAUAAUCAUCUUUUAGAUGAUGAUUAUUGUUUUAGUU